AUGCGCGAGGCUGAGCCCCCUCUCAGACCAGCCCGGCUUGCGCCUCAGGUCCAGGCUGCCCCGUGGAACACAACGCGGGCCUUCCUCGCGGCGACCAAGGGCCAGUGUUUGCUGGAGGUGACGGGAGCCGCCGACCCCACGGGCUGUGGAGAGGGCAUUUCCUACGUCAGACUCAAGCAGGAGAACAAGAUCCGCUUGGAGGGAGAGAGGCUGAUGGGGACCGACGCGGACCUCCGCCGGCUCACCCUGAAGAAAGCCCAGAAGCUGCUGAGGGUAUUUGGGGUCUCGGAGGAGGAGAUCAAAAAGCUGUCCCGCUGGGAGGUGAUUGCCGCUGUCCGCGCCCUGUCCACCAAGGAGCUGAAAUCGGGGGCCAACUCCAGAGACCUCACCAAGUUUGCGCGCACGUCCCAGUCCUCGGCGGCCGAGCAGCAGAGACGCUUCCAGCAGGAGGUCCAAAGGGUGUUUGACCUGCAGAACAGGCCCCCGGCGUUCCGAGAGGUCUGUGAUGGCCGGGCGAACGCUCCCUCUUCCCUUCUGGGCGAGACUUUCAGGGCAUUCGGCGGGAAGUACCGGAGAAAAGGGCAGGUCCUGAGCGGGAUGCUCGGGCUGCUCCCUCGGGUCCCCCCGGCCUCUCUCCUCUGCCCUCUCAGGGUCCUGGCGUCCACCGACGUGCUGUCCACCGACACGGACAGUGAGACAUCGGAUGAAGAGAACGCUCAGGUGCUGGACAGCAUGUGUCACGACAUCGAAGACCUCCUGGAGGGCAAGACCAACCCUCAAAAGCUGCAGAGACAGAAGGAGAAGCAGGAGUACCAGGAGCUGCAGCGGCUCAUGCUCGGAGGAGAUGGGGGUGCGCGUCCCCAAGAAAAAGACCGGGGCCCACCCGCCUCGCGCGCUGAGUUUCUGGUCAUCUACCGCACGUAUGUGGACGAGUCUGGGAAGGAAUACGUCCGGAACGAGAUAGUCCGGGAUCCAGCGGUGAUCAAAGUCUACAUCCAAGUGAAGACCACCCAAAAUGAGGACUCCAUCCGGCAGUUCUUCCACGCUGAUGAGCAGAAGCGGCAGGAGCUGCGGAAGGAGAAGAAGAGACUCCAAGACAGACUCCGCCGGAUGCGCAUCGCCAACCAAAGGGAAAAGCAGAAGGAACAACGUUCCCCGGGGAAGCUUCCCAAGCCCGAGGCCCCUAAAUCCAAGCUCUUAUGUGGCGCCUGUGGGUCCCACGGACACAUCAAGACAAACAAGGCUUGUCCGAAGUACUGCCCCCCCAAGGACCUGGGCCCCAGGCUCAAAGUCAUGACCCAGGAGCAAGAGGAGAGGGAGCUGGCCAAGCGGCUCCCUCAGGAGUCCCUCAUCAAAGUCCAGGAAACCAAGAUUUUCAUGAAGAGGAAGCUGUUUGAAACCAUGAAUGAGGUCCGAAGGGAAACCCUGAAGGUGAGGGUUGAGAAACGGCCCCAGAAGAACCCGAAGAACCUCAUCCCUCACCCGAAGAGGAAAUCUGUGUGUAUUGACGAUAAGGAAAGUUUAAGCUGCAUCAGGCAUCCAUGCCAGCCUGCCCUUCCUUGCCCUCCAACCAGGAGGGCAUCUUCUUGUGCCAAAUCACCCGGGUUUCCUUUGAAAAGGAGCGAGCAGCUUCCUUCUGUAAAAUCUGCAGCCAGCCCCCCUCAGAAGACUCCGCCAUCUCCAGCCAAUGAAACGCAGAGCGAACCUGAAGCACCCUCAUUUCCUCGGCAUAAAAGCUGGGGUCUCCAAAACUGGCUCCCGCAAAAGGGCAGGAGUUUAACCUGUCCCCAGAAAGAAAAGCCAGAUAGCGUGGCUCGGACUCCUCCACCCAAGGCAGACCGAAUCCCUCCUGCGAGAGAGUCUCGGGACCCCCCAGGCUGUUCAGAACCAUCUGGCCAUAGGCACAAGAGGCCCAGAAACUCUCUGUACCAGUCGGGCCAGGAAGGGACCCAGGAGUUUUCCAAUUGUGUUUCCCAGGCUGGACCCGAUAGGUCACGUCAGAGCUCCCCACUGUUCAAGGACUCCCAGAAACCAGAUCCAGGGGCUUCUUCUUGGGACAGAAGCCCGGACGGUCCAUCCCAGAAGCAUCACGUCAGUAUUUUGUAUGAGGACCUCCAAGUUUCUGACACAGAUGAUGAAGAGAGUGAAGAGAGUGAAGAGAGUGAAGAGGAAGAGGAAAUCUAGAGUGAAUAAAGCACCACAAAGAGUCUCUGAAAAACCCAAGUCUACCACCGCAUUCAGGGAAUCGCCAGCCAUCCUGAUCCAUGUCUUCCUGCAGGAUUCCAUCCCUGCUGGAGGAGAGAGAUUGAUGUCUUUGCACAGCCCUACCUCUUAUAAGUCAAGAUACCAUCAGUGGUCUUCUGGGAACAGGAAUACAAUGAUGGCUCCCAAGGCUUGACUUCUUUGUCUCUGUAAAGUAUUUUAAAGUAUAAAUAAAAUUGUUCUAAUUUUGAA